CGCCAGGUACGUCCGCCGAGCUGCCCGGUGCCCUUCCCCGAAACGUUUAACGGCGAGAGCGCCCGGCUCCCCGAGUUUAUCGUGCAGACGGCGUCUUACAUGCUCGUAAACGAGAACCGAUUCUGCAACGACGCCAUGAAGGUGGCAUUCCUAAUCAGCCUCCUCACCGGGGAAGCCGAGGAGUGGGUGGUGCCCUACAUCGAGAUGGAUAGCCCCAUCCUAAGUGAUUACCGGGCCUUCCUCGAUGAGAUGAAACAGUGUUUUGGCUGGGAUGACGACGAAGACGACGACGAAGACGAAGAGGAUGAUUAUUAGGCCCGGAGCCCCUCGGGCCUGGGGGGGAGGGCCCUGCACGCCGCCACCUCCUUCCGCUCCUCCCCCCGCACCACGUCCCUUCCCGCCCCGCCCGAAGCUGCCGCGCUCCCCCUUAUCCUCAGGUCCCCUUCCCUACCCUCCUCUUCUAUCCCUAUUCCCUGGUAGUGCUUGUCUUUGUUCCAGGAAUAGCGCUCCAGUUACCUGCUCCUGGAGCUGGGGCUGGGGCCUUCCUCUGAAGCGCACUUCAUGCACUCUUGCCAGCCCCAGGACCUUGCCCCUGCUAAUCUGAACUGUGUCCUGAGCUCCAGCUAUUGGCCAGGCUUUUGUUACAAACUGAUCAGACCACCCACAGCCCUGCUGCUGCCAUCCGCCAAUUACCAGGCCUACAUCUGCCCAGAGACCUAGGCUGCCGUUUCACCACCCUCCACAUCCCGCUGGCAGACCACCGCCUUUGGACAUAAGGACCAACCUAGAAGAUGCCUGAGUUGGCUACACCUCGUCAGACAUUGAUUUGGACAGCUCACCAGUCCCUGAAUGGGCCAGUCUUUCAGCCUGGUUAGUUCCCUACCUACUCCCAGGGUCCUCCUCAGCCCCACCAGAUUGCUGCAGAGGCCUGGUGUGCCUGGCAGCCAAAAUUGUUGAUAUUUCUCUAUGCACCAGUUUUGCACAGCUGUUGUUUUUCUUUCAAAAUUGUAGCAGUUCCACAGAUGUGUGCAUUUGGACAAAUAAUACUAAAAACAACAAAAAAAUAAAAACAGGCAAGCAGCCCAGCUCCUCAGUACUACCUGGAAUAGGCAUUGGCAUUAUUUUCAAUAAAUAUCAAGCACUACAAAAAAAGAGAAA